GCCUGGACGUGGAGGGUCCUCCGGCAGCCCCGGGCGGCAGCAGGAGGCCGCAGCCGGCGGGCAGGCGGGCAGGGGCGCUGCUCGUCAAGCCUGCCGCUGCUCAGGGCAGGGGGACGCUGACGUCACGCUCCAGCGUGGUAAAGGGCGCCGGCCGCUCUUCGUCGCAGCUGCAGCUGCAGGCCCAGUCCCAACAGCUGCAGCUGUUCCCGCCGGCGCUGCCGCCUGUCGACAUGCCGAGGGAAUCUCUCUCCAACUGCUUACAGAACCUCGACAGCCACGAGUGGGAGCAGGUGCUGUCGGCCAUGCCAGUGCUGGUGAGACUGGUGCGCCACCACCCGGACUCAGUGCUGUUGCAGGCGCCCGCCGUCGCGGCAGCACUGUCACGCCACGUACGCAACUUGCGCUCGCAGGUGGCGCGAGCUGCCUGCCAGGCGGCGGGCGAGUUCUUCGUGGGGCUGCGGCGCACGCCGGACCUGGAUGUGGAGGAACUGGUGGGCUCGCUGUUUCACCGAUCCGCAGACACAAACAGGUUCCUGCGAGCUGACUGCAACGCCGCCCUCGACAAGAUGGUGGAUGUAUUGCCUCCAGCACGUGCCGUCCAACUCAUUGUCUCCAAAGGUGCCAGCCACCAGAACGCCGUGGUUCGCACAGUGGCCGCGCGGCUGCUGGCGGCGCUGACGGCGCGCCUGGGCGCAGACCGUGUGCUGUCGGCGCCCCGCGACCUCCGCAGCCGCCUGCUGGUCACCGGCUCCUCGCUGCUGACCGAGGGCAGUCUGGACACCAGAUGUCACGCGAAAUCAAUGUUCAGGCACCUUGUAUUCCACCCAAACUUUGCAACUGUUCUCUCAGAAGUAGUACCACAACAGGUACUACGAAACAUCUCGAAAACUCUCCAGAGCCUGAAAUAAUGUGGAUGACUGAAGAUGCUGACAGAUUUAGGUUGUUAACAGUUCUAUGUCUGUGAAGUAAUGUAAAUAAUUUCUGUUGGGGCUAGAACGGAGUAAUGUAUCGAAUGUUUCUAAUACGGAUAAUAUAAACAUCCUUUCCAUGAUACUUUUCUACAUAAAUUCCUUUGUUAACACAGUAGUGCCAUUUUGUCAUAUCUUGCUAUGCCAGUUGCAGUAUAUGCACAUAUAAUGUACAAAACCUAUCUAUAACAUAACAUUUUGAAACAGGUGUUUAGUUUAACACUUAAUGAAUGUGAUGCUUCAUUAUCUCAUAAUAUUAAUGUGAUACUUCAUUUUCUAAUUAUAUCCUGUCCUACAGAAUUUUUCAGCUUAGUUUAAGAAAGCUCUAAAUGUACAUAUAAUUCCGUCCAUAUAUGUGAUACUGUUGUUAAGUACAUUAAUAUAUUGAAGAAUAGCAUAUAUUGUAUAAGAUACAUGUCAAAUGAUCAUUCACUAUCGAUAAAGAACUGUACAAGCAUCCUAUAAUGGACAAGGAAGUCCAAAUAUAGCAUACAGUAAUACAGCCAUUAUUUUGCCAACAGAAAAAUGAGGAAUUUUUAGAUCCAGGGUAAAGUAUAAUUAAUUAUGAGACCUUUAUCAAAUACGUUUAUUAAAAGUUAAAUUGGCUGAUGUAAGUCAAAGAAUCUGUUAUGUGAUAGUUUAUUUUCAUUUAA